AUGUUAUACUCAAAUUUUUGUUCAAUGUGAAGAUGGUGUUAUUUAAACGUUGUGGGUUGUUAAAUAAUAGAAACUUAAUUCUUCUACGGUUAAGAAAUCACAGCAGAAAUGGGACGAAUUUGCAUAUUAAACUUAAAUCAACUCAAUCUACAGAGGAAAUCGCAGAAAUACAAUUGUCUGAUAGAAAAAAGAUGAUAUUAACGGCCGGAAAAUAUGCACGAUUCGCGAGUGGAAGUAUUAUUGCAAAAUUUGGCAAUACAUCAGUUAUGACCACAGCAGUUAAAAAAGAUGUACCAACGGACAGCAAUGUACUUCCUUUAAUUGUAGACUAUCGGCAGAAAGCUGCUGCAACUGGCCGCAUACCAACAAAUUAUUUUCGUAAAGAACUGGGUUAUACAGAUCAUGAAAUUCUUACAAGCAGGUUGAUAGACAGAUCUAUUCGUCCUAUGUUUGAUGAAGGAUAUUGUUAUGAAACACAAAUAGUAUGUAAUUUGUUGGCUGCUGAUGGAGUUAAUGAUCCUGAUGUGUUGUCUAUUAAUGCUACAUCAGCAGUUUUAAGUAUCUCAGAUAUCCCAUGGAAUGGACCAGUAGCAGCUGUGAGAAUUGCAAUGAUUGAUAAUGAAUAUGUAAUUAAUCCUUCAAGACGGGAACUUCAAUACAGUAUAUUAAAUCUUAUUGUAACAUGUACAUCUAAAAAUCUCAUUGUUAUGAUUGAAGGAUCAGCCAAUGAUAUUUUAGAGCAAGAUCUUCGAAAAGCGGUACGUUUAGCUGCCAAAGAUUGUCAGUCAAUCAUAAAUUCUAUAAUGGAUUUACAAAAACGUAUUGGUAAAUCUAAAGCAGAGAUCCCUAAGAAAGCAGAAUCGACUCGUUGUAUAGCAGACCUUGUAAGAGAAUUUUCAGAACAAGAAAUAUGUAGUAUUUUUACAUGUUAUAAUCAUGACAAAAUUUCACGAGACAAUGCUAUUAGCGAUCUGCGAACCAGGAUGUUAGAUAAGAUAGUGGCAGAUAAUCCAGAUGCUACCGCAGAUGCACAAAAAUCUUUCGCUAGACUCGUUAAAGACACUUUCAGAUCUUUAAUAUUUAAAACCAAUAAAAGGUAGUGUAUUGUUAAUAAAGGAAUAUUAGAAUCUCAUCAUGGUUCCGCUUUCUUUCAGAGAGGACAAACUCAAGUUUUGUGCACAGUAACUCUGGAUUCUAUAGAAAGUUCCAUUAAGAUGGAUACUGUUUCAAUGAUAGCUAGUGGACUAAAAGACAAGAACUUUUUUCUACAUUACGAGUUCCCACCAUAUGCAACUAAUGAGAUAGGUAGAGUUAAUACAAGUGGUCGUAGAGAAGUAGGGCAUGGAGCAUUGGCAGAGAAAGGACUUAGAGCAGUUAUACCAAAAAAUUAUCCCUUUGCCAUAAGGCUUACAAGCCAAGUAUUAGAAUCAAAUGGUUCUUCGUCAAUGGCUUCUGUAUGCGGUGGUAGUAUGGCAUUACUAGAUGCGGGCGUGCCAAUAUCAUCUCCAGCUGCCGGCAUAGCCAUUGGAUUAGUGUGUAAAUUCAGUGACAAUGAUUCCAAACAAAUACAAGAUUAUAAGAUAUUAACGGAUAUACUAGGUAUAGAGGACUAUAUGGGAGACAUGGACUUCAAAAUUGCCGGUACGAAGAAAGGAUUUACCGCUUUACAACUUGACGUUAAAAUACCUGGCAUCCCUUUGAAGGUGGUAAUGGAGGGUAUUAACAGUGCAACCCAGGCAAAGAAUAAAAUUAUUGGCAUCAUGAACGGUGUAAUAUCACACCCAAGACAGAACAAGGAUCAUAAUAAACCAGUAGUAGAAAAUAUUGAAGUUCCUAUAUAUAAGAGGACGAAGUUCCUUGGAUUAGGAGGAUCAAACUUGAAGAAGAUUUUCAUCCAAACUGGUGUUCAUAUACAUUCACAAGAUGACAAUAUGUAUUCUAUAUUCGCGCCUAAUCAGGACGCAAUGAACGAAGCCAAAGAAAUCAUAGAUCAGCUUUUAACGAAAGAAGCUGAACCGACGUUAACGUUUGGCGACAUCUAUACAGCGAAAGUAGUUGAAAUUCGUGACUUCGGAGUCAUGAUCUCGUUACAUCCUAGCCUGUCACCGACAUUAUUACCGAACUCGCAGUUAGACCGACGCAAGAUCCAUCACCCUAGCGCGCUCGGCUUGGAAAUCGGGCAGGAGAUACAAGUGAAAUAUUUCGGACGAGAUCCAGUGAAUGGACAAAUUAGAGUGUCGCGUAAAGUGUUACAGGAACCAAUGACCCAAGUAGAAGAUUACAUUUCAACGACACAAAAAGCGUAGCGAACCUCCUUUUUAAUUUCAUCGAAAUUUGAAUCACACAAGUCUGUUUAUUUCUCCAGCAAUCGACCUACUGUUUUUCGGUAACAGUUCGAUAACAGUUCAAUUUAGGUAGCAAGAAAACUACUGACGAAAAACAAUUUCCAUCCACGACUGAACACAUGUAAUAGCUCACAUGGAUACGUCCGUUAUUAAAUGCUCCCGUACUUUUCUAUUA